GCUUUGUGUUUGUCUCUCUUCUGAUUGGAGGCGACAAGAAGAGGGCGCGCCCUGCAGUGUUUGUGUCUUUCUGGAUUGGCCAGGGCGGGCCUAUUGCGGCUUCAGUCUCUUCGGAUUGGUCAUUGCCAGAGAGAGGCGCGUCACUCGCUGUGCCCGGCUGUGUUGAUUGGUGCGGCGGCGGAAGAGGGCGUGUGCCUCUCGGGUAACAACAGUGGGGCGCUGCUCGCCGUUCUUCUCACUUCUCCGCCAUGUUCUCUUAGCAGCGGAUCUGGGAUUUCACCACCAUCGAAGCCUAUAAAGUCCCUGCGGACGCUCUGCGGCCACUUCCCAGCGCCCUCUCCUCUCCCACUGCGCAGCUCUGAAGACCCGACUCCCGCCAUGGUCACCACCACAGCGCCGCCACCCUUCCUGGCCCGGCUCCCGGCAGGCACUGAGGACUCCCGGCGGCUACCCCCCAGCCUUUUCCAACGCCUCAUGCGGGGGGACAACAACUGCGAGAACCAGCCCAGCUGCUGCCUGGCGGGGCCGGGGGGCAGCGCGCGGCCGGCGCUGAAGCGAGUGAGGCGGAGAAAGGGAAAGAUCCGGCGUAGCCCUUCGGGGCUGCUACCGAGCCGCUACCAGCAGUACCAACAACACCGCGCUGGCCUGGGCAGAAGGGCCCCGCUGGGGGCCCCCGGCCCGGGAGACGUUCACGCUCUCCCAGCACCAGCUGUUCCCAGCGCCCCGGCCGAGGAGCCCCCCACAUCGGCCCCCCCGAGACCGGCGCCCAGCAAGCCCCUCAGGAAGGAGUUCUUGAAGAACAAGAUGGGUAAGUCUGAGAAGGCUCCUACUCCCCACUGCCAGCCUGUUCACAGCUUACAUCUCGGUGAACAGCCCAAGAGUAACAAACAGAAGAGCAAAUGUAACAUGCCACUCACAAAGAUUGCAUCUGUGAAAAAAGAUGGAAGUAACUUUUGGCAACUUUCUGUGUCACCUGAGACAAUUGAAAAGCAGGAGAAAACGCCGCUUAAUAACACUGAGGACUUCAGAAGUAUAAAAUCAAAGAAACCUGGUUCUCCAACUGAAGUGAACCAAAAAGAAAAUUACGCUGGCGCAAAGUUUAGUGACCCGCCAUCUCCUAGUGUCCUUCCAAAGCCUCCCAGUCACUGGGUGGGAUGCACUGUUGAAUAUUCUGACCAAAAUAAGGAGCUGAUGGCAGUCCAUUUAAAAACUCUCCUAAAAGUUCAAGCAUAACUCGAGAUUUAUGGGUAGUUACAAAGAGGACUCCAGCCAGGAAAUUGAAACUUGUCUUGUUGCAACAUGAAGUAUAAAAGGACUGUCAAGUCUUAUAAUCACAAACUUUUGUAUUAUAUUUUUUAUGGCUGUGUAAAUAAUGUACAUCAUGUAAUAUGUGUAUAUUCUUGUUCAUACUUUGAGAGGUACAUUUUAGUUUUGUUAUGAAAGGAUGUAUUUUGCACUGCCAAAUGGUAGGUGUUUUGUAUAUAAAAUAUGGACAGCUUUAAAUGUGUGCUUGACACUUGGAAAGACUUGACUAAUUUGCACGAGGUAAUGACAUUUUGAAAGGAGAAAACAGCUCUCUAAUCUCAAGAUUCAGAUUCAACUGUGAACAGCUUAAUACACUACUGAAAAGUUUUGCAAUCUGUGGCACAAUCCAUUGUAAACACAGUUUUCAUCCAGAUGUGAAUUGUUGCUCUCUGCUCUGGAAUUCUUGUUCAUCCUUUUACCAAGCUAAUUUUGGAAUUUGAGUAAAGAAUCUAACCCAUCAAUUUGAGCACUGCUUACUUCCUAAAAAGGAGGAGCAGAGCUUAUUUGCCAUAAAUACAAUUGGUUACCAAAAAAAAAAAAAAAAUAAAAGUAAUUUGGCCUCCCCUUAA